AUGUUAUAUUCAAUUAUUUUAUUCUUUAUACUAUUUGAAUUAUCAAUAACUAAAGAGAUUGAUGUUUAUCAACUACCAUUUGUAAUUACUAAAAGUGGUGCAAUGAUAAUUACAGAUCAUGAAGAAAAAAUGUCACUAUCUCAAGAUCUAUUACUUAUUCAUAAAGAUGUAUCAUGUACUACAAAAAUUGAUUUAAAAAGACCAACUGAAGCAGAAAUCAAAGCAAAAUCCGGUACACGUAAAGUAUUUCAGAACUGUGAAAAGAAAGGUAAAACGGAGAAGCCAAGAAAAGAGGUACCGAAGGCAUCUGUAAAGAAGUAG